GCACUUCUGGCAGAUAACUGCGGUAUGGUUUCUUAUGACACUUCCUUUGCCUCUAUACUUUAGGAACGAGCUGUGCUACAGGAGACCUGAGCUUCAAGAGCUCAAGCCCGAUUUUGUUUGACGGCCGCCAAGAUGACAACUUCAAUCGACGAGGAUGUGACGAUGCAGGAGGCGAACGACGUGCCGCCAUUGCCAUCAGUGCUCAAGGGCAAGGGCAAAGGCAAGGCCACAGAUGUUGUCGCAUAUGCCGAGGAGGAUGAUUUGCUGCCAUGGGUUGAGAAAUACCGGCCUGUGACGAUGAACGACCUGGUCUCCCACAAGGAUAUCACAUCUACACUCGAACGCUUCAUUGAGAAGAACAGGCUGCCGCAUUUGCUCUUCUACGGACCGCCUGGCACGGGAAAGACAUCGACCAUCCUGGCAAUGGCACGUCGAAUCUACGGCAGCAACUACAAGAACAAUGUCCUUGAACUGAAUGCGUCUGAUGACAGAGGCAUUGAUGUAGUCAGAGAGCAGAUCAAGUCGUUUGCGAGCACGCGCAAUGUCUUUGCUGCCGCUUCUACAAGUACUGGCGGCUUCAAGCUCAUCGUGUUGGACGAAGCUGAUGCGAUGACACAAGCGGCACAAGGGGCGCUGAGGCGAGUUAUUGAGCAGUACACCAAGAAUGUCCGUUUCUGCAUCAUCUGCAACUACGUCAAUAAGAUUAUCCCUGCUAUCCAGUCUCGAUGCACGCGUUUCCGCUUCAACCCCCUGGAGCUGGAUCAGGUAGAGGGGCGCCUGGAUCAUGUGAUUCAAAGUGAAGGCUGCAAGUUGACAGCCGAUGGAAAGGACGCCCUCAUAAAGCUUUCGCGUGGAGACAUGCGGCGAGCCCUGAACGUCCUGCAGGCAUGCCAUGCGGCGUAUGACACAAUCGACGAAGCAGCAGUCUACAACUGUACUGGGGCUCCGCAGCCUGCAGAUAUCGAGGAGAUGGUCAAUUCAAUGAUGACGGACGAAUUCACGACUUCCUAUACCAAAAUUACGACCAUGAAAGCGUCCAAAGGGCUUGCCCUCACUGAUAUGAUCACUAGCAUCUACGACUUGCUCAUGACCGUCAAAUUGCCGCCGGCCGCGCGCGUCUAUCUACUCGAUCACCUGGCAUCCACGGAACACAGACUUAGCACAGGAGGGUCCGAGAAGAUGCAGCUCACCGCUCUGCUGGGAGCCGUCAAGCUUGCAGUAGAGAUUUCAAAGAAGGCAGAGGGAAAGUGAGAAAGAAGGUGCAAGUGUGACUGCAUCGCGCUGUACUAUACAAUAU